AUGAAUCUCAAGGUGAUCCUCAUAUUCCUGGUACUGUCCUUUGUCAUCUUUGUGCCUUAUAUCCCAGUGGCCAGCCAGAUGUUUGCAGACCUCAGCCCAGAGGAGCUGACAGCUGUGAUGGACUUUCUCACCAAAAAGCUAGGGCCAGGGCUAGUGGAUGCAGCCUAGGCUUAGCCUUCUGACAACUGGGUCUUCUCAGUGGAGCUGCAGCUGCCCCCCAAGGCUGCAGCCUUGGCUCACCUGGACAGAAGGAGCCCCCCACCUGCUCAGGAAGCACCCAUCGUCUUUGUUGGACAACACCAACCUAGUGUCAGUGAGCUGGUUGUGAGGCUGUUGCCUCACCACUCCUACGUGCAGGUUGUGACGGCACAUCAUGGUGGUCCAGUGUUCUGUCACCAACACCCCCACAACUGAGAGUUGUUUGUCCAGAUGUGGAGGCAUUUGAAAGAGGUGGAACUACCCAGGGCACCCAGCUUCCUGGCUUCUGUUUUGAAUUACAGUGGUUCCACUUGAACAUCUUUGAGUGCCUUUUCUAGUGACUUCUGCUCAUGGAAUUGGAUUACCUGGGUACCCUUCUACCAUAACAUCUCAGGUUUUGGUCUUUUUCUUCAUCCUCUGGGGCUGGAACUACUGCUGGACCAUACAGCCCUGGACCCUGCCCACCGGCUUCCAAAGGUCUUCUACCUGGGUCACUAUUAUGCAGACUUGGGCCAGUUGGAAGAGGAGUUUAAAGCUGGCCAUCUUAGCUGGGCACUGAAGUUGUUAAAAGUCCCUCUUCCCUCACCAAAUGGGCUGUCCCAAGUUACCCCAGCUCUUCCCCCUCUUCAGUUCAUACCCCAGGGUUUUCAGUACAGUGUACAAGGUAACUUGGUGAUAUCCCCCUCUGGACUCCCCUUUGGCCAUGGGGUUUGGUUCAAGAGCGAGUGAGUAGCCUGUGAAGUCAGUGUUCAGAGUGUCUGCAAUGCCAAUUCACCCAAGAUGAUAACUCGUUAUAAUGGAUAUAACUAUCAACUUGGCCGGAUCAGCUGAGGCUUGGUUCAGGGAAUGUGCCGCUAUCAAGGCACAGUAGUGGGCAUCAGCGUAUUAAUUGGGACAGUCCAACUGCUUCUGGGAGAUGUAUUUGAGGAGGCCCAGGGACUACCACUUCAAAGGCACUACAGUUAUGUUGGGAGUCAUUUCUUCGGUGGUUUGGCCAGCUCAGCCCUGGUGGUUGGGUCUGUGUCAGCUGUAGGCAAUUAUGACUACAUUUGAGACUUUAUAUUGUACCCAAAUGGGGUCCUUGAAGGUGGGUCCAUGCCACAGGAUAUAUCAACAGCUUUCCUGAGCAGAGGAGUGGAAAGCCUCCUCUUUGGGAACCCUAUGGGAGAACAAGUGCUGGGAGUGGUUGCACAUGCCUUCUACUUCAAGGUGGAACUGGAUGUUGCAGGACUAGAGAACUGGGUCUGGGCAGAGGACAUGGCCUUUGUCCCUACAGCAGUGCCCUGGAAUCCUGAGUAUCAGAUACAGAGGCUGCAGGUGACCCGGAAGCUGCUGGAGACAGAGGAACAGGCUGCUUUCCCCAUGGGAGGUCCCAUCCCCCGCUACGUGUACCUGGCUAGUAAUCACAGCAACAAGUGGGGUCACCCACGGGGCUACCGCAUCCAGACACUCAGCUUUGCUGGGAAACCAGUGCCCCAGGAGAGCUCCAUGGAAAAAGCCAUCAGCUGGGGGAGGUACCAGCUGGCUGUGACCAGGCGGAAAGAGGAGGAGCCCGGUAGUAACAACAUCUUCCAUCAGAAUGACCCUUGGACUCCCACCAUGAAUUUUGCUGACUUCAUCAACAAUGAGACCAUUGCAGGAGAGGACUUGGUGGCCUGGGUGACAGCUGGAUUUCUGCACAUCCCCCAUGCAGAGGAUAUUCCCAACACGGUGACUGUGGGGAAUGGAGUGGGCUUCUUCCUCCGGCCCUACAACUUCUUUGAUGAGGACCCUUCCUUCUCCUCUGCUGAUUCCAUCUAUUUCCGGGCAGACCAGGAUGCUGGGGCCUGUGAGGUCAACCCCCUGGCUUGUCUGUCCCAGACUGCUGCUUGUGCCCCCAGCCUCCCUGCCUUCUCCCAUGGGGGUUUCUCUCACAACUAGGUGGUCCCUGGCAUGGGCAAUCUGACCAGGUAUCCCAGGACCAGAGUGCUGGUUGUAUGGUUAGGCACUGGUGAAGACAGCCUGGUUCUUUCAUCUCUUUCCCCACACUUGUAAUGUCUAUUUUAAGCUCAUCUCUCUUUUUCUGUCGUCUCUUGCCUCUCCCUCCCUUGUAAGAAUAUCUUGAGUCUAUGGUUCUUGACACAGGAACAUGGCUUUGUUGACCCCAGCUCUGCUGAGUUUCUGUCUAGGGAGAAGACAAAUGGUCCAACCAGGAACCUGGAGGGAUGGCUUGCUUUUUUCCAGAUGCUUUCUGUCUGGCUUUCUAAAAAUAUUAAGCCAUCUCUAGGAACUUUGCAAUGGGGAUUAUAUCCUAGAGAGUCCAUGACAGGGUUCUUAUCAAUUUUACAAAUCUAUAAAUGAGCUGGAAGGAUACACACACACACACACACUCUCUCUCUCUCUCUCUCUCCCCCUCUGCAAGUCCCCUCCUCACCUUCUUCCUUUUUGCCUACUCCCUCCUUGAGUUCCUACCUACUCUUAACAUUCUGGAAUUUCCCUCUAAUACCUAACAUUCCCUCCAGCCAUCAUUUCUCAACUUCAGUCUCUUCUGGUCCUGAGCCUGUGAAAGUCUAAAAGAUACAAUAGGAGUCAGACACCGGUGGCUCACUUCUGUAAUUCUAGCUAUUCAGGAGGCUGAGAUCUGAGGAUUUGUGGUUCAAAGCC